UAUUAUAACAAGAGCCAACAAAAACGUGCGGCGCAAUUGCAUAUUUUGGGAUUGGCUGAAAAUUAGUAUUUUGUAUAAUUCUAAUUCUGUGUACAUGUUUUUAAAAUAAAGGAUAACAAAUAUUUGUACUUAUUAGUAAAUGCUAGACAAUGAUGGAAACUAAGCAAAAUUCGUCUUCUUUGGCGCAUCGUCUGAAUAUUGGUGAUGAAGUACGCGAACUUAGGCUUGGAGAAACAUUUAAUUCUAGAAAUAAGUCGACGGCAUUUCACACAAUAAAAUAUGACUUUAAGCCAGCUAGUGUGAACACGAGUCGUAUGGCUACUGUGGAUGUUGGUUCAAAUAAUGAAGUUACAGUUACUGUACCAAAUUUAGAAAGUUCGGGUGUUCCACACACAGUUUAUAAAGGAAACCAAAAGGAAUAUUCUAAAGAGUGCUUAAUUAUUUUCGAUAAGGAAAGUGGCGCUAUUACUUUAGAGAAGCUUAAUCAUAACAUACAAGUCAAGAAGACAAGAAGAGAAACGACAACAAAGCCAACUUUACUACCAACAGCAACGUUAGUCAGCAGUGGUUUCGGCGUCGGUGGUGUAACUGCAUCCACAGCUGCGCCCAAACUGGAAAACAGCACUAUGCGUAUAACAACCAAAACAAAAGUAUCCACAGGUAGUCGAAGAAACAAUAUAAUUGACUUCAAGCCACGCAGCUCUCCGUUGCCAAUGAGUUCGCCUUCGCGCCCAGUCAAUGCACAUCGUAGCCCACAAUCAGCUCCAGUUUGGAACGCAAACAACGGACAACAAACACUGCCAAGUAUACCUAUGAUUGUUGACGAUGAUGAUUUUGAAUUAGGCCCAGGCGUGCAAUAUACUCAAGCGACAGGUCUAACGGCAUCAUCGACAGUCAAACAGGAUUCUUGGGCCACACAAAUUUGCAAGGAGCGCCAAACACAACCGGGAUAUGCUAAGCAAAAAAAGCAGCAAAUUAAACAACUUCCCAUUUGUCAGCAAAAUUAUGGACGUGAUUACAAUUGUGGUAGCAUUUUAACACAACAGCAAGACACCCAACAAGGAAUGGCACCGCAAUCUGUAGCACAAGCUGCAGCUAUUUUGGAGCAACAAAUUGCUGGUGUACUGAGUGGUUCUAGUUCUAGUUCGAACUCUGAUUCGAGCAACAGCGACAGUGGAUCUGGUUCUGAUGACAGCACUGAAGGCGAUCAACAAAUGCAGCAGUAUGUCCAAAGUGAGGCAUAUCAGCUGCCAAACCUAAGCUUAGGUUCAAUAUCGCCGUUCUAUAACAAUCAACCUCAAAAACAACACCAGUCUAAACACUCCGGCAUAUCCGAAUCUAAUGAUUUAUUACACACUGAUUUGCAAUUGUCUUCAAACUCGUCCGAUGAAGGAGAUGAGGAAUAGAUAAAUAUAUGGUUUUCCAGCAAUUAAAUAAAUGAAAUUGAUACCGAAA